AUGAACUUAUCACUCGUGGACCCAUUUGUCUUGGCCCAGGAAUACCCAGAUACUCUGACCGAGAAGCUGAGCAGCGGCCAUGCGACAUGCUUGAGCUUCAAUCACAAAGGCGAUUACCUUGCCUCCGGACGAGUGGAUGGCACGGUCGUGAUCUUCGAUAUUGAGACGAAUGGCGUGGCGCGCAAACUACAAGGUCACACUCGCCAAAUCCAGUCUCUCAGCUGGUCCCGCGACGGCCGCUAUCUCCUCACCUCGUCCCAAGACUGGAAAUGCAUACUCUGGGACCUCCAAGACGGCUCGCGAGUCCGCACCGUCCGAUUCGAAGCCCCCGUCUACAUUGCCGAACUACACCCAUUCAACCACCUCCUCUUCGUGGCCUCACUCUUCGAAGACCAACCCGUGCUAGUAGACAUCUCCAGCGCAAAACCAAUAAAACGCAUCCUCCCCUCCGCGCCCCUCCGCGCCGAAGAAACCGACCCAGCAACAGCCGCUAAACAAGCCGCCCAAGACGCCAAACACUCCACCUGCGUAACAAUCUUCACAGCCUUCGGCAACCACAUAAUAGCAGGCACCUCGAAAGGCUGGAUCAACAUAAUCGAAACGCAAACCUGCACAACAAUCCACUCAAUGCGCCUCUGCAACGGCGUUGUGAUCCUGCUCCGCCUAGCCUCAAAUGGCCGCGACCUACUAGUCAACAGCUCGGACCGCGUCAUCCGCACAGUCAUAAUGCCGGACCUCUCACAGCUAGGCAUUGACCUCGAGCAAUCCUCUAUAAAACUACACGUCGAGCACAAAUUCCAAGACGUCGUCAACCGCCUUUCCUGGAACCACGUUACGUUCUCAUCGACCGGCGAAUUCGUCACAGCAACAACCUUCAUGAAUCCCGACAUCUACGUCUGGGAACGCAGCCACGGGUCUCUGGUGAAGAUCCUCGAGGGCCCGAAAGAAGAACUGGGCGUCGUGGAAUGGCAUCCCUCGCGGCCGAUGGUGGUAGCCUGUGGACUGGAGUCCGGGUGCAUAUACACGUGGUCCAUUGUUUCGCCGCAGAAAUGGUCUGCGCUGGCGCCUGAUUUCGGCGAGGUCGAGGAGAACGUCGAGUAUAUGGAGGCGGAGGAUGAGUUCGACGUGCAUCCUGCUGAGCAGGUGCAUCAACGGCGGCUGGAUCUGGAGGAUGAGGAGCCGGAUGUUGUUACGCUUGAUCUUGUUAAAGGGGAGGAUGUGGAUGGCAUCGAGGCUUUUAAUGUGCCUGUUUUGCUGGGCGUCGAGGACAGUGAUAGUGGAGAGGAUGUUGUUGCUGUUGGGCCGGGGACUAUGCGGAGACGUACGCCUGGGGCGAGGGAGAAUGGGGAAGAUAAGGAUAAGGCUAAUGGGCGGGGGAGGAGGAAGAGGUAG